AUUGAGGCAGUUGCAUUUACAGCACUGGAUAUUCUUAUCUGCAGAGACUGGUUGUUCUAGAAAUCCUUCUGCUUCUUUAAUGCUCCUCACUUCAGCCCUUUGAGAGAUUUUAAGCUGAAUCACAAGCAACUUGGCCAUCCUUAUGCCAGGUAUGAUUAUCGGGAAAUGCUGCACAAUGCCACUUUCUGUCUGGUUCCUCGUGGUCGCAGGCUUGGGUCCUUCAGAUUCCUGGAGGCUUUGCAGGCUGCCUGCGUCCCUGUGAUGCUCAGCAAUGGAUGGGAGUUGCCAUUCUCUGAAGUGAUUAAUUGGAACCAAGCUGCCGUCAUAGGCGAUGAGAGAUUGUUAUUACAGAUUCCUUCUACAAUCAGGUCUAUUCAUCAGGAUAAAAUCCUAGCACUUAGACAGCAGACACAAUUCUUGUGGGAGGCUUAUUUUUCUUCAGUUGAGAAGAUUGUAUUAACUACACUAGAGAUUAUUCAGGACAGAAUAUUCAAGCACAUAUCACGUAACAGUUUAAUAUGGAACAAACAUCCUGGAGGAUUGUUCGUACUACCACAGUAUUCAUCUUAUCUGGGAGAUUUUCCUUACUACUAUGCUAAUUUAGGUUUAAAGCCCCCCUCCAAAUUCACUGCAGUCAUCCAUGCGGUGACCCCGCUGGUCUCUCAGUCCCAGCCAGUGUUGAAGCUUCUUGUGGCUGCAGCCAAGUCCCAGUACUGUGCCCAGAUCAUAGUUCUAUGGAAUUGUGACAAGCCCCUACCAGCCAAACACCGCUGGCCUGCCACUGCUGUGCCUGUCAUCGUCAUUGAAGGAGAGAGCAAGGUUAUGAGCAGCCGUUUUCUACCCUAUGACAACAUCAUCACAGACGCCGUGCUCAGCCUUGAUGAGGACACCGUGCUUUCAACAACAGAGGUGGAUUUUGCCUUCACAGUGUGGCAGAGCUUCCCCGAGAGGAUUGUGGGGUACCCCGCACGUAGCCACUUCUGGGAUAACUCUAAGGAGCGGUGGGGAUACACGUCAAAGUGGACGAACGACUACUCCAUGGUGUUGACAGGAGCUGCUAUUUACCACAAAUAUUAUCACUACCUGUACUCUCAUUACCUGCCAGCCAGCCUGAAGAACAUGGUGGACCAAUUGGCCAAUUGUGAGGACAUUCUCAUGAACUUCCUGGUGUCUGCUGUGACAAAAUUGCCUCCAAUCAAAGUGACCCAGAAGAAGCAGUAUAAGGAGACAAUGAUGGGACAGACUUCUCGGGCUUCCCGUUGGGCUGACCCUGACCACUUUGCCCAGCGACAGAGCUGCAUGAAUACGUUUGCCAGCUGGUUUGGCUACAUGCCGCUGAUCCACUCUCAGAUGAGGCUCGACCCCGUCCUCUUUAAAGACCAGGUCUCUAUUUUGAGGAAGAAAUACCGAGACAUUGAGCGACUUUGAGGAAUCCGGCCAAGUGGGGGAGGGGAAGCGAGAAGGGACGGGGGUCAAGCUGCUUUCUCUUCCCAGUGCAGAUCCACUCAUCAGCAGAGCCAGAUUGUGCCAACUAUCCAAAAACUUAGAUGAGCCGAAUGACAAAAAAAAAAAAAAAAAGGCCAAUGAGAACUCGACUCCUGGCUCCUGGGACUGCACCGGACUGCUCCAAACUCACCUCACUGGCUUCUGUGUCCCAAGACUAGGUUGUGUACAGUUUAAUUAUGGAACAUUAAAUAAUUAUUUUUGAAAUGAUUGCUAUGCAGGUUUAAACUUUUUUAAUGAUCAAAACUAUUAAAAACCAGAGUUCUUUGUUUAAUCAAAA